AUGCACGACACCAAUCAAAUGGAGACCAACUCAACCCACCCAGAAGAAGAAUAUGUAUUCCCAGUUCCGAACACCAUCGAGAUAUACGACCUUGAUCGUCGCCGGAUGGACGACUAUGUCCAUGCCUUCGGAGCUCAUCAGCAAGGUUAUCGAACACGCAUUGGCCACUCGACUGCAGGCAGCCAUGUCUGCCACUACGAUUGUUACCGAGGAGGCUACCCUCGUGGCGGCCAAGCGGUCGUUGGCACCACUCGAUCUCUACGUAUCGGUUGCCAGUUUCGACUCUCAGCUCGCUUUCUACCGAAUCAGAUGUGUUGGCUUCUCAUACACACCCACCUGAAGCACAAUCACCCACACGACCCCAAUGUCAAACCUCGCAAAAAACCUCCUGCUCCAGACCCCAUACUACCCCAUCCAUACCACCUCAACCUCGACGCCAACUUAGAAGACCCCUCCUCUUUUCCACUUCCCAGCACCUCAACCUCAAAGCCAGACGAUACCGCCGCUCCCACUCCAAAUCCAUCGACUACACUGUAUCAACCGAGCGAUGAAAUCAUUACACAUCUUCUUCAAAAGACUACAAACAAUCUCACCAAACGCCUCCAAUCCUUGACCCCACACCGUCGACAUGAGGCAAUACAGAAGAUUGAGGCCAUCCUCAUGGAUCAAGAAUCAUCUACACCACCCAGGGAACAACCUUCCACCGUAAACCCAUCACCAAUCGUUCAAGAUGUGAUCAAUACGUAUCACCAAUCACCCAACACAGUCUCCCCCAAUCUCUUCCUCCCUGAAACGGAGGUUAUGCAAUCCUUGAUGCUCACCGAUCACGUCACAUCACCCGAACAACCCAUUGAAGAAUUGAAUGACCCAUCAAUCAACAGCAUUAUUGACGAUUUCUUUGGGACAUCUGAAUUCACCAAAUCAACCUUCAACAUCGAAGACUUGCUCUUUGCCGACGCGCCACCAGCACCGACGCACUGUACACCACCAUCCUCAUCACCCCUUCCACUCACGACUAGCAUCACGAACGUCCCCCUUGCAGCCACUACGGGUGCAACUGCUGCACUGGUCACUGAACGUGAACGCAGGGAACAACAACUCCAGUUACCUGCCUCACUCCCUUCACCCACUGGCCGAUUAACUCGCAACCGCACUCGAGAACUAGCUCAGAAGGCCGCAUUCGAGAAAUCAGUCUUGAAAGAACUCUUGGCCAAAUAUUCUAUCCACAGAUGGCUCGAGCCAUUUGUCCUCAACAUUCGCGAACACUGGCCUUUCAACACUUCUGCUCACUCAGCCUCGAUUUGGCCCGUCCCAAUCUUCCGGUACCUAAAUUCUGUCGCAUUUGGCAGCGCUUUUGCUCGCCUGAAGCCUCACACUGGUUGA